AUGACAACGUUUGAAGAAAAGGGGAAAGCAUUCUGGGAUUGGUUAGUGGCAAAUGGGGCGACGAUAAGCGACAAGAUUGCGUUUAAAGACUAUCGCUCAGAAAAUUCUGGACGUGGUGUUAUUGCCACACAGGACAUAAAGGAAGGAGACGUCUUAUUUUCACUACCUCGGUCUAUCCUUCUCUCACAAGUGACAAGCUCACUUAAAGAUAAAGUGAGCGAACUAUCAGAACUUCCUGGAUGGGCUCCACUUAUUCUUUGUAUGAUGUAUGAAAUUGAUAAGCCAGAAUCGUUCUGGAAGCCUUAUUUUGAUGUUCUACCUCGAGAAUUUUCUACGCCAAUGUUUUGGAAUCAAGAUGAUUUGAAAGAAUUGGAAGGAACCGAUAUUGAUUCGGAUGACUUGUUCCAUAAUGAACUUGAGCCAAUUAUCAAAAAACAUCCCGAGUUAUUUGAUGAAAAGAAGCACAAUCUUGAAUUAUUCCAUAUUUGUGGAUCAUUAGUUAUGGCCUACAGUUUCCUUGACGAAAUGCAAAAAUUACCAAAGAAAAAGACUCAAGAAGAAGAACAAGAAGAUGAAGAGGAUGACGAUGAUGAUGAUGACGAGGAAGGAUUGAUCACGAUGGUACCAAUGGCAGAUAUGCUAAAUCAUAAAGCUGGGUUCAAUAAUGCACGCUUAUUCCAUGAACCAGAUUGCUUACAGAUGAAAGCAAUCAAAAACAUAAAAGAAGGGGAACAGAUCUACAACACCUAUGGUGAUCUAUGUAAUGCUGAUCUUUUGAGAAAGUAUGGAUUUGUUGAUGAAAAGAAUGAUUUUGAUCUUGUCGAGUUGGAUGGUCUUUUGGUUGUCGAUGUUUGCUGUGAAGGCCAAGAUGAGGCAUUAAAGGAGAAAAAGAUUGAAUUUUUAAUGGAAGAAGGUGCUUUGGAUGAUACAAAGGAUGAGUUCAAAAUGAUGGAAGAGAAGCAAAAGUUACCAAAGCCAAAGUUAACAAAAGAAGCAAAAGAAAAGAUUGAGACUAUUUUAAAGAAGAGACUUGAGAGAUAUCCAACUAGUUUGGAGGAUGAUGAAUUGAUGCUUACACAAGUAAAAGAUAACAAAAAGAAUGCACUCAUCGUACGCAUAGGAGAAAAGAAAAUAAUAAAGGAAACAUUGGCAAAUGUCGAAAAGACACCGAUUGCAGUAGAAAAGAGACCAGCGCCACAAAAAGUAGAUAAGCAAUCAAAGAAACAGAAAAAAUAA